AUGUCCGAUACUCAGAAUCGAUCCUCCGCCUCGCGGGGCAGGGUAUCCGCCCGUGGCGGUCGUGGCGGCUUCAGCUCCAGAGGUGGUCGUGGUGGGAACAGAUCUGCGAAUGACAACUCAGAAGUCUCAUCCUUCGAGGAAGGCGAAAUUGGACAGAUGAAGAAGAAGUACUCCGACGAUCUCCCUACUCUUAAGGAAAUGUUCCCAAACUGGAAGGACGAAGAUCUGGUGUUCGCACUAGAAGAUUCGAACGGCGAACUCUUGGAAGCAAUCGAGCGCAUCAGUGAAGGCAAUGUAUCCCAGUGGGGAGAGGUCAAGAAAAAGACUCCAAAGCCCAAGGAUGCUCAGAGCACCUCCGCCGAGACGACUGCAGCCCCCGCUCGUGGAACCCGUGGCCGUGGUGGAUUAGAGACUCGUGGACGUGCUCGCGCAGACCGAGGCCGUGGUGGCCGCGGUGGCCGCGCAGGAGCCACUACAAAUGGAACUCGGGCCGUAGCUCCCGCUGCAGAGGCUUCGGGGUGGCCGACUGAGACUUCGACUUCGGGAUGGCCAACCGAGACUUCGACUUCGGGGUGGCCAGCCUCCAAUGUGGAAGAGACUGCUGCAGAGCCAGCAGCUGAAGGCGCCGAAUCGGAGUCGACCGAACAGAAGAGCAGUGUGAUUCCUGAGGGCUCGAAGAAGGGGUGGGCUAGCCUUUUCGCCAAACCGCCGCCCCCUCCCCCCGUUCAGAAGAAGCCUGAACCUGCUCCUCCUGCCCCUGUCGCCGAGACGCCCGCUGAGCCUGUGGCGGAGCCAUCUCCUCCCGCCCCGGAGCCUGUGACUGCGCCUACUGCUCCCCAGAAGACUCCCAUUGCCAAACCUACCCACCCCGUCAUUCCCGCCGUUCCGACCGCCGCUGUCAACCCACACAAGGUCGAUUUGACCAAGACAAACCUCGAAAAUAUUCCCGAUGCGUCCGGUCCUACUCCUACUGACACCGCCGCGAGCACCGUCGGCAGUGGCGUCGACCCCGCGGGCGCAGCGGCAGCUGCAACUCCCUCCCGCAUCCCCUCAUCCGCCUACCCUCCCAGCGCUAGCAAGCGCACCCCUGGUCUUCAGCGUCGUGUGAUGGAGCAGCAGCAAGCCGUGGUUAUGCCCGGCAACCACGCAGUGGACCGUGCUGCUGUUCAGUUCGGUAGCCUGGGACUGAACGGUGACGCUAUCGAUAUCGAUGAGAACCGCGAAGAGCCAGAGACCCGCGCUCAGCCCCCGCAGCCCUCCCCCGUUGCGCCCCGUGCCUCGCUUCCUCCCGCCAACCAAGCACCUCCCUCGAUGGAGUCCGGCGCCGCUGGACGUCCUGCUCCCGGUCUGCCCCCGGUUCCCCAAGCAUCUGCCGCAGACUCUUUCACCGACUUUGCUCGCUACUCUGAGCCUCAGCAGAAGCCUUUUGAUCCCUUCACUCAACAGGUGAGCCAGCCGCAGCCGCAGAUUCCCGAGCCUUUUGCCAAUCAGGCUCCUGCUCAGCCCACUGCCACCACUGGCAGCGAAUAUUCUCCUUUCUACACCGCCGACCAACAGCGCUUCCCUUACUACGGUUCAUACGGCUCUUACGGUCAGACCCAGGAUAUCCCUACUGGACCCCGCGCUGGAGCUGGAUUCGGUGCCACUGGUGCUGAAGCCCAGGCUCAAAUCCCCACUACGCAGCCUCCUAACCGCUAUGGACCCGUUGAUGCGACCAACAGCGGACACAACACCCCGAACCCCACUAUUCCUGGCGCCACCCAGCAGACCCCCACUGCCCAGCACAUGCCUGGCCAGAGUGCGCAGCACCAAGCUUAUGGCUACCAGUACCCCAACUACUACAACAACCCCCAUUACGCUACUUACAUGAACCAGAUGGGUCAGCAGCAGCAGUACGGUGUUGGCGGUAAUCGCCCGCGAUACGAUGAUGCUCGCCGCUACGAGGACCACUACAUGCAGCAGCAACAGCAGCAGCACAACCAGCAGUACGGCUAUGGUAGCCAGUACGGUCCCUAUGGUGGCAAGGGUGGCAUGUACGGUCAGCCCCACGGUGCCUUCUCCUACGAACAACACUCGUCUUCCCCCGCCACCACUGGCAGCUUCGGUCAGUCCGUGCCCAGCCGUGACUCCGUCUACGGCCGCAGCGGCUCUACUCAGCAGACCGACAACCAGUCUGCCACUGGCGCCAAUGCCUUCGGCACUGGAAUGUCUGAUGUCUUCAGCCGCUCCCAGGGCAGCUUCGGCCAAAACCCUCCCAUCGCCGGACAGCCCCCUGUCACCAACGACGAGACCAAGGGCUUUGAAGCACCCAAGGCCGGUGGCCCCAGCCCCUCGCUUGCUCAGAACCGUCCGGGAUCCGCUACCAGCAGCGUCCCCGGUCAGCCUCAGGGACAGACCGGGCUUCCCCCGCUCCAGGGUCAGCAGGGCCAGCAGGCCUUUGGAAGCUACCCCCAGCUGAACCCCCAGUACGGUGGACUCGGCGGUCUUGGUCACCAGGGUGCGGCCACUCAGUCUCACCAGGCUUCUGGCUACAACAACUACGGCGGUGGCUUUGGUAACUACUAUGGAAACUCCGGCCGCGGCGGCUGGGGUGGCAACUACGGUCACUAA